GUGCUGGAGACUCCGAGCGUGGGGCGACGAGCGGUCGGAGCGGGUAUGGGCCGCCGCUGGGGUUUCCUCAUCGGCUUCCUGGGCGCCGUGUGCCUGCUCGGCUCGGGCCACAGCGGGCAGGAGCCCCCGGAGACAGCGGCGCAGAGGUGCUUCUGCCAGGUUAGUGGUUACUUGGAUGAUUGUACCUGUGAUGUGGAAACCAUUGAUAGAUUUAAUAACUACAAGCUUUUCCCAAGACUACAAAAACUUCUUGAAAGCGACUACUUUAGAUAUUAUAAGGUAAACCUGAAGAGGCCAUGUCCCUUCUGGAAUGAUAUCAGCCAGUGUGGAAGAAGGGAUUGUGCUGUCAAACCUUGUCAAUCUGAUGAAGUUCCUGAUGGGAUUAAAUCUGCGAGCUACAAGUAUUCUGAAGAAGCCAAUAAUCUUAUUGAAGAAUGUGAACAAGCUGAACGACUUGGAGCUGUAGAUGAAUCCCUGAGUGAAGAAACACAGAAGGCAGUUCUUCAGUGGACCAAACACGAUGAUUCCUCAGACAACUUCUGUGAAGCUGAUGACAUACAAUCCCCUGAUGCUGAAUAUGUGGAUUUGCUCCUUAAUCCUGAGCGCUACACGGGUUACAAGGGACCAGAUGCUUGGAAGAUAUGGAAUGUCAUCUAUGAAGAAAACUGUUUCAAGCCACAGACAAUUAAAAGGCCAUUAAAUCCUUUAGCUUCUGGUCAAGGUACCAGCGACAAGAACACUUUUUACAGUUGGCUAGAAGGUCUCUGUGUAGAAAAAAGAGCAUUCUACAGACUCAUAUCUGGCCUACAUGCAAGUAUUAACGUGCAUUUGAGCGCAAGAUAUCUUUUACAAGACACAUGGUUGGAAAAAAAAUGGGGACACAACAUUACAGAAUUUCAACAGCGGUUUGACGGAAUUUUAACUGAAGGAGAAGGACCAAGAAGGCUUAAGAACUUAUAUUUUCUCUAUUUAAUAGAAUUAAGAGCUUUAUCUAAAGUGCUGCCAUUCUUUGAGCGCCCAGAUUUUCAACUCUUCACUGGAAAUAAAGUUCAGGAUGCAGAAAACAAAAUGCUACUUCUGGAUAUACUUCAUGAAGUCAAGUCAUUUCCCUUGCAUUUUGAUGAGAAUUCAUUUUUUGCUGGGGACAAAAAAGAAGCAAACAAACUAAAGGAGGACUUUCGACUGCAUUUUAGAAAUAUUUCAAGAAUCAUGGACUGUGUUGGUUGUUUGAAAUGUCGACUGUGGGGAAAGCUUCAGACUCAGGGUUUGGGCACUGCUCUGAAGAUCUUGUUUUCUGAGAAAUUGAUAGCAAAUAUGCCAGAAAGUGGACCCAGUUACGAAUUCCAGCUAACCAGACAAGAAAUAGUAUCAUUAUUUAAUGCAUUCGGAAGAAUUUCUACAAGUGUGACAGAAUUAGAAAACUUCAGGAACUUGUUACAGAAUAUUCAUUAAAGAAAACGAGGUAAAGUGUGCCUGUUUCUGGACAAUGGAGGCCAAAGAGUGGAAUUUCAUUCAAAAGCGUAAUAGCAAUGACAGUCUUAAGCCAAACCUUUUAUAUAAAGCUGCUUUUGUAAGAGGAGAUCUAUAUUGUUUUAAGCAUAUACUUUUUUGUAAUUGUGUUGUCUGCGUAUAAUAUUAUUGUGAGUAAAAGUAAUUCUUCAAUAAUUUGGUAAAAAUUUUAAAGUUCAAUGUUGAAUAAAAUCAGGAUUAUCAAAUUCAUAUUGGGUAAAAUCAAGUGAAUGAUGCUUCACUUCUCUCCAAGUAGAGUUUUGUGUCAGAAGAUAUAAAUAAAAAUAUGGCCCACGUGACAAGCAUUGAAUAGGAAAAUGGUAAGAAGGCUCAUGAACAACCUAUAAUUAAUAGCCUAGAAUUUUUAAAAUACAUUUAGGGUGCCAGAUAGAGCAAAUAAAAACACAAAAUGCUAAGUUAAAUUUGAAUUUUAGAUAAACAGUGAAGAAGUUUUUAGUGUAAGAAUAUCCUGUACAAUAUUUGGGGCAUACUUAUAUUGAAAAAUUUUUAAUUUAUCUGUCUCAAAUUAAAAUUUAACUGGGAGUCCUAUAUUUUAUCUGGCAACCCCACAUACACUGGUAUGAAAGAAGUCACUUUUAAUAUUAUAUUACUAUUUUGAUCAGGCUGUUUGGGUGUAUGGAAAGGAAAAAUGACAACUCGAAGGCACAUAGGCAAUUUCUAAACAUUGUGAAAAGUUUUACUAGAUUUAUAUACUUAUCUCAUAAUACUUUCCCUAGUAAUACAAUUUUGGGAAACUUUUUAUUUUGAUAUAAUUUCAAAUUUACAGAAAAGUUUUAAGAAUUGUACAAAGAGCUCUUUUACCCAGAUUUGCUAUUUGUCUGUAUUACCUUUAUAUUUUGUGCUCUCUGUAUGUACACACAUACACACAAACAAUUUUUUUCCUCAGUCAUUUAAAAGU